AUUGCUGAGCAUCCUGCUGCCACCUGGAAUUUUUUGCUUGUUACACUCUAGCGUUCCUUUCCAUAAAAGCCCUAAUCGGGUUUCCCUUCACUUACCCACUUCUUUUCCCUUACAGGAAUAGUAUGAACUCGGUUGCUUCCCCUUUUUCGGGAAAAAAAAAUGUCUGCUAAGCUCUAAAAACUAAGCUUUUUAGCAAAAGCCCCCGCCAACAUCAUCAGCCUUUCAAGGUUUCUAGGAUUGAUGAUUGAAGGAAGAAGCAUCAGAGAAACAAAAGAGAAAAAACUAUAUCUUAGCCUUCUGUAUAGCUUACUUUAGCUAUCGGAUUCGGUUCCCCUUCUUCUAUAUAAUCCCAAUCUUGUUAUUUCUUCAAAGCGAAGUCUUAUUUCUCUCUUUCUUAUGGCAUUAUUGAACCCCAGGUGAAAUUUAGCUGUGAUUAAAUUAAACACCUUUUGGGUAUUCAUGAACAGUGAAAAUCGUCAGUCUUGACCACAUCUUUCUUUCUUCUUAAAUUAACCUAAUACUACUUAUAAAAACUAAUACCUUCAACAUCGAUCAGCUGAUUUUCUCUCUACUGUGCAGCUCCUUCAAGCUUGUUGAACAAAAAUCCUCAUGGAGCCGGUUCAAGAGUUUGAUAUUUCAAACACAAACGCAGCAACCCUAACAACUCCCACAAGGAACUACACAGCUCUCCCCGUGAGCGCUUCCCCCACUGCCACGACUGUCUUGUCUUCAACGGCGUCAUCAUCCUCAGCUUCUUCUCCCUCCACUCUUAGCCGCUAUGAGAACCAAAAGCGCCGAGACUGGAACACCUUCGGCCAGUAUCUCCGCAAUCACCGCCCGCCUCUUUCGCUAGACCGCUGCAGCGGUGCCCAUGUGCUUGAAUUUUUGAGGUACCUUGACCAGUUUGGCAAGACCAAAGUCCAUACCCAGCUCUGCCCCUUCUUUGGCCAUCCAAACCCUCCCGCUCCCUGCCCCUGCCCACUGCGCCAGGCCUGGGGGAGCCUCGACGCCCUCAUCGGCCGUCUUCGAGCUGCCUUCGAGGAGCACGGUGGCAAGCCUGAGGCGAACCCUUUUGGAGCUCGAGCAGUCAGGCUUUAUUUGCGAGAAGUUCGUGAUUCACAGGCAAAAGCAAGAGGAAUCAGCUACGAAAAGAAGAAGCGAAAGCGCCCCCCACCACCCUCCUCUAGCCUCCCGUUGCCACCUUCCACUGGAACUGCAUGAAUGAAAGGAGAGGUUCUAAAGAUCUCACAUAAAUUAGCCUUUCAUGGGUAUGCUAUCCUAUAGUAAUUUAUAUAUGCUGCAUGAUCUUCUUUCAGUACUUUUAUCUCUUUCUAAAUUAUUCAAGUAUGCUUAUUUAGUUUGGAAGAUAUCACUACUAUUGCUUAUAGGCAUUCUGCAAGUGCCAUUUUAUUUGAUGAAAACAGUAAUGGCAGUGGUAAUGUAUAUCGGUAGAAGUUGUAAUAGUUGCAGUACUAUUAAUAUGUUUAUGACUUAAACAUCCAACGUUGCCUUGCCAUUGAAAUGUACCUUGAAAAGCCUUUGAUGACAAUUAAUAGAUUUGCGGAUCAUGUCGUGUUUAUUUGAUAA